UGUUUGUACCUUUCUGAUUCAUAUUAAUUUUAUUAACGUUUACAUUUUUUGAAGAUUUUUUUUAACUCACUUUCGAGUAAAAACCUAUUAUAUUUUACAAAACAUAAAAAGGGGAUCUGUUUAAUCAAAUGCAUGAUCGGUAUAUUUACGCUGCAUUGAAGAUGAAUACAUAAGUUAUUUUAAUAAAAUAGAAAUGCUUUUUACAAGAAUUAGAGUCCUACUCAGAAGAAAACAUUUGAACUAAAAUUUCAGCUCAAUUUUAUUUGUUAUAAUUGAUGGGAAGUGUACAUAAAUCUUUCAGUUCAAAUAACUCAUGUUACAAUGAGUACAGCCAUUACAGGGCGACUAUUGCUCCUUUAAGAGUUAAAAUGUAUUCACCGGUGGUUAUGAUUCGUUACCCUAAGCAUUUACAGUGCUAGUUUGAUGCACUAUAUUUUCUAAGCGUUCUAUGUUGAAGAAAUUUGGUAGAUUUAUCUUUAUUUUUAAAGAAACCAACUGAUAUCGUUCUAAGCGAAAAUUUGUUGAGACUUUCUGACAUACACAGUAAAGUUUUUGACAAGUGGACAGGGACAAAUAGGGCACCCUACGAUAUACCUUCCAUGUCUGUUUGUGUUCAAUGUUUCAAAACAUGACGUGAAGUUAAAUGUUUGCUUUAAUAUAAUUUUGAACUUGAAUGAUACUUUUAACACUUAUUAGAUACAGUAAUAAUGGUUAAACAAGAUAGCAAUCUAAAAUUUUUAUUUUUACUAGUACAUUUAAUAAUAUUAUACAAAUGUAGGAGGAAACCAGCUGAUGGCACGAACAGUGGCUAUGUAAGAGUGAAUACAGACAAGUUGCUUGUGGCUGCUAUUGAAGUUGGCAAUGCAUGUAGCAAUCAUGCCUUCUCUUAUCGAGUGGAUCACCUGAAAAUAAAGAGUAACAUGGAUUGGAGCACACCUUGGGGGAUUUCACGUAAUAAUCGCUCUGUCGUGUUAUUCGACGAGAACAAAACGUUCCAUAGCUUUGGUUUUGAUGCAGAGGAAAGAUAUGCAGAAUUAGUUGACGGACGUGAACACCACAGAUGGUAUUUCUUCAAAAACUUUAUGAUGAAAUUAUCAGGAAGAUAUAUAACACGGAACAUAGAGAUUGAAGAUGACAAAAAAAGAAAGAUGAAAGCUAUUGACGUUAUUGGUGCUGUUAUUAAAUAUCUGAAAGACCACCUGAUCAAUCUGUUAAAAAAGGAACUUUUCUCGGUACAGGACAAAGACAUACACUGGGUUUUGACUGUGCCUGCUAUAUGGACUGACUCGGCUAAACAAUUAAUGGGAGACGCUGCAUAUAAGGCCGAUAUUGCAGAAUCACAGUUGACAAUUGUCACAGAACCAGAAGCAGCAAUUGUAUACUACCAAACGGAAAACCCAAUCUGGAAUUUAACGACUGCCAAUAUAUCCAGUCCUGGGACAAAUAAAUGUAUGGUUAUUGAUAUUGGAGGCAGUACUACUGAUUUCACUAUAUUAGAGCGUCAGUCGGACGGUGGCCUAUCAGAAAUCAAAUCGGCAACUGGUAUAGCAUGUGGUGAAAACAUGGUGAUAGAGGAAUUUCAUGAACUCCUCCGUUAUAUAACAGGUGACGCAGUCUAUCAGAAAUGGAUUGAUGAAUAUGCUGUUCAUCAAACAGAUCUGCAAAAUGAGAUUGUAAUAAAAACUAGAACACUCAAAGCUAACAGUACUGGAAAAGAAACAUUCAAAGUUCCAUUUUCAUUGCCAAAUAUAUUUAAGGAAAUAAAUCAUGAAAGUACACUGCAAGCUAUAGAGAGAUCACAAUAUAAAGGAAGAAUUACAUGGUCAUCGGAUAAAAUAAGACUAGACGCAGAGAUAGUCAAACAUCUGUUCAAACCUUGCACUGAUAGUAUAGUAGAUCAUGUUAAACAUUUACUGAAAGCACCUGAGGUUCAAGGAACGAGCAUAUUUCUGAUGGUCGGCGGGUUUUCCAAGUUUUCAAUAGUUCAAGAGGCCAUAAUAAAAGCCUUCCCGACUGUUAACGUCAUCAUUCCGGAAGAACCAAGCACAGUUGUUUUGAAAGGUGCGGUGAUUUAUGGUCAUCAACAUUAGGGUACAAGUUAGACUCAUCUUAUUUAAUACACUCACACUGUGUGUAGUUAUACCAGAUCAUAUAUGUUUUCUCGACUGAAUUAAUACCUGAUCAAGAAAAACUAAAUUAAAAGUUAUUAUACCUUUAAUAUCUUUCGUACUAAUCUAUUUUCUUAGUGUACAAACUUAAAUGUAUAUCAUAUACUGUGUAUUUAAUUGAAUAAAAUAUGUUCAUGAGAUAGAUAGUCACAUUAUAUCUUUUUCUGAAAACAGCAUAUCCGUUUUUGUGAUAAGCAAAUACAUUAAGUACAAAUUGGAAAGAAAAUGGAAGAAGGAAAAUGACAUUCAAACAUGUUGUGAUGUUCGAAGAAGUGUACGACUUAAUUCUAUUAAUCAAAAGAAACAGAAGUUAAAUACGUAAUUAGUAUUUUCAUUGUACCAUAAUUACAAAAUAAACAAAAUGAAUAUUUUUAAUGAUGUCAAUUCAAAAUUACCUCAGGAUUAUAUAUUCAAUGUUGAUUAAUGAGAUAGAAAUAUUUUAUGUUUGAUGUAUAAGCCUGCAGGGGUUUCC